AUGCCAAAUGCAUGCAGAAAACGGGAUUAUUCAUACUGCCGAGGGUGGUUUCGUCAUUUUGGUGGCUCCGUGUUCGCUUUCAGAGCUCAGGAUUUGACACUGAACUUGCCAUUUGGUGUGAAGGUUGUUGGCUUUAGGGGUCUCAUUGUGAAGAUUGGUGUGAUCAAACUUGUAACAAUUACCACAAAUCAAAUGCAAAUGUAA